AUCGAACCACUCAAAUAGGUGUGAUGAUCAAUGAUUAUUUAACAAAGGCUAAAGAUAUUGAUGAUAGAGUUAUUCAUUUACUAUUUUCCGCAAAUAGAUGGGAAUGCAAUUUAGAAAUAAAAAAAAAGAUCCUUGAGGGCACCACUUUGGUUGUAGAUCGGUAUGCUUAUUCUGGUGCCGCAUAUUCUGCUGCUAAAGGUCUUGAUUUAGAGUGGUGUAAAUCACCAGAUAUUGGUUUACUAACACCCGACAUUGUCUUCUUUAUGAACUUGACAUCAGAAGAAUCAGAAAAAAGAGUUGGAUUUGGUAAAGAACGUUAUGAAGAAAAGACAUUUCAAGAAAAAGUUAAAGAAACUUUUGAUUUAUUGAAAGAUCCAACGUGGAAGGUAUUGGAUGCAUCCAAGGCAGUUUAUGAUCUUCAUCAUGAAAUUAAAGACUUAUCCUUGGAAACGAUUCAGAAAUGUGAUAACUUAAAAGAAGAUUUGUGGAAAAAGU